AUGAAAGAAGUAGAUAAUCUCGAAAGUAUAAAAGAAGAAUGGGUUUGUGAAACAGGAUCUGACAACCAACCUCUUAGUGAUGAUCAACAAAGAAAUUGUGAAUAUUUUGUUGACAGCCUUUUUGAGGAAGCUGAAAAGGUUGGUGCCAAAUGCACUGAACAGAAGAAACAGGUCGAUGUAAGUAUAAAAUUAUGGAAAAAUGGAUUCACAGUCAAUGAUAAUUUCAGAAGUUACUCUGAUGGUGCAAGUCAGCGGUUUCUGAACUCCAUCAAAAAAGGGGAAUUACCUUUGGAAUUACAGGGAAUUUUUGAUAAAGAGGAGGUGGAUGUUAAAGUUGAAGACAAAAAAAAUGAAGUAUGUAUGUCAACGAAGCCUGUGUUCCAGCCCUUCUCAGGACACGGUCACAGACUAGGAAGUGCCACACCAAAAAUUGUUUCUAAGGCAAAGAGUACUGAAGUUGAGAAUAAAAAUAAUUUGUCUGUUGUUCAACUAAACAAUCUGGAACCCAUCACUAAUGUACAGAUCUGGUUAGCCAAUGGAAAAAGGAUUGUCCAGAAAUUUAACAUUUCUCAUAGGAUAAGCCACAUCAAAGACUUCAUCGAAAAAUACCAAGGAUCUCAAAGAAGUCCUCCCUUUUCCCUGGCCACAGCUCUUCCUUUCCUCAAAUUGACCUUUGCACCUGCCCUUCCUUCUGUCUGGGCGCUCACUCCUUGCUUCCUCACCUCCUUUGGGCCUUUACUGAACUACCGCUUCCUUGGUCACCCUCCAUUCAUAAACUGGCGACAAGACGUGGUCAGUGGCAAAGGUGGACUUUCCGCGCGGCACCUGCGCUUCCGCAUUUCGCCGCUCGGGGGCAGCAGGCGCCCGAAGGAUUCGCCCGCCCGGCCGGCGCGGGAAAAGGAGCGGGGGCAACUCCAGCAGAGGAAGCUGAUGAAAUCCAAGCCAACUAGCAGUGAGCUCAUCCCGCCCGGGCGCCUCCGGAAGCCACGGGGCCGCCUGGCCUCCGCCUGGCCCGAGCGAUAA